UACAGCAUUCAGACUUGAGAUCCCUUCUCGAGCAAAAGAGCUGCUGGCAAGCCCGCGUACGCUUACCGAGAUCACCCCAGGCCGGGCAGCAACGAUUCCAGAGUCUGGCGCCAGGCCCCUCGUCUCAUUCUAGGGUGGCAUGACACUUUUUGGCAGCAGGGAAGGGUGCUGGCGAUAUGUAGACAUGGCCCGAGAACCUAAGCUGAGCCAUACCAGGCCUGGUCAGAAGCGGCAGCAUGGCGGAGGCCUCUACCACAGCAGCAGCUGCGAUCUAGACUAUGAAGUCUACAAAGAGGAUUUUCCAUACAGGGUCUACGAAUACCAGAAGAUUCCUCCUCUCAUCAGUCAUAUCCCUGUGAAGACCAAGCGAAGCCACCUAGGGGCUGGGGACAAGAGCGCCCUGGGCCCUCACACAGGGUUGAGAAGCAACAGCAACUCCAUCGCAGGCCGUACAAAGUUGAGAGCAGAGGAGCUACACUCCAUCAAAGGGGAACUAAGUCAGAUCAAAGCCCAGGUGGACAGCUUAUUGGAGAGCCUGGAUCGGAUGGACCAACGACGGGAGCAUCCGACAGGCUCUAAGGAAGGCAAGAAGAAAAACCUGUCCAGUGGCGAGUAUUCAGCAGGGGAUACGUCCCGGAAGAAGGAGAGCGCAGCCAAUGACAGACACACCCCUGUGCAAGAGGUUGACAGUGCUGACGAGAGCACAGACACCGAAGAGGCAGCGCGAAAUCACAUGCUGGAUCAUGAGAGCAACCAGUAAGAGCCCCGGAGUACUGCAACCCCCUGCCCAGCAUCCCUUUUCCUGUGUUUUGUAUUUCUUCCAAUGCCUCCAAGCUAGUGGCGCAUCAGUUACCCAACAGUGAUGGUGCAGAAGAGCAAGGAAUGUGCGUGAUUUCACCAGCACCUUCCUCUGGUCUGGAAGAGAGAGACUCAUACGACAGGUGAAAAGAGAGGAAGCUCUGUGUUCUUUGUUGUGAAAACGUAAAUAUGCCAACCUGGGAGGAGGGUGGGAAGCGCAGGCAAUGAGACUGCACAACUGUAGCUGCCCACCAUUAAACUGAAAUAAAAACAGA